AUGGCCUUGGAGGCUUUGGGUGUCGCCUCAAGCGUCAUUGCCGUUGUCGAGAUAUCCGGCCGUAUAGCGGCAAUAUGUUUUCAGUACUCAAAAGGUGUGAAAAACGCCAAAGAGGAAGUCGACCGCCUGCUGCGAGAGGUCAAUACCCUUGGCGAGACGACGAGCAGCGUCCAAGAUCUACUCCAAGGUCCCAGUGGGACCAAGCUCAAGACAUCAAAGAAGCUCUUGAGGGCGGUUGAAGAGGCUCAGGCCCAUUUGAGGAAGUUGGAUGAUGAUUUGCGACCAUCCUCGACUCAAAAAGCGUUUCGAAGAUUGGGAAUUGGAGCGCUCAAGUGGCCGCUGAAAAGCAAUGAUGUGGAACGAGUUAUCCAGCAACUUGGACGAUGUGCACAGAGUAUAUCUCUCGCCCUGCAAGUCGACCAAACCUCGAUCUUAGUUGACGUCGACCAAAAGGCUGUUCUAAGUCGUCUACCAGCAGCAGUUGGAGCAAUGUUUGACUCGUUCAACGAGGGAAGCAAUCCGACCUGCAUGGAAAAUACCCGUGUCUCUCUAUUGGACUUGAUAACACAAUGGGUAGACGGCCCAUAUGCAGAGACCAUAUUCUGGCUCAACGGCAUGGCUGGUACUGGGAAAUCUACGAUCGCUAGGACUGUUGCUCGAAUGCUGGACCGGACGGGCCAUCUUGGUGCUAGCUUCUUCUUCAAGAGAGGUGAGGCGGACAGAGAUACCCUCCGCAAGUUUUUCGCUACCAUUGCGGCUCAGUUGGUGACCAGAGUGCCUGGCACAGCCACACAUAUCAAGGAGGCGAUCGACGCUGAUCCAACAAUAUUCCAGAAGGCGAUGCCAGAGCAGUUCGACAAACUGAUAGUACAGCCAUUGUCAAAGGUUGAUCACGCAUCACAAAAGACACCUACGCUAGUGAUACUCAUUGAUGCGCUGGACGAAUGCGGCGGAUCGCCAGACGACAUUCGACGCGUAAUAAAUCUGCUAUCCCGAACCAACAACUUCAAGUCACCACGGGUUCGAUACUUUGUCACUAGUAGACCAGAGCUGCCCAUUCGGAUUGGAUUUGGUUUAGUCAAGAUCUUGUACCGGAACGUGGCGCUCCAAGAAAUACCUGAAUGCGUCAUACAACAUGAUAUCAGUGUAUUCCUGGAGCAUCAACUUGCGAAUAUACGCACCCAGUACAAUGCUACGGUGCCAGAAGACCGACGCCUCCCACUCACGUGGCCUGGCAACGAGACGGUCCAGACACUGAUGAGGAUGGCCAACCCCCUCUUCAUUUUUGCCUCUACCGUGUGCCGCUACCUCGCUGACUUGCGCUGGCACCCUGACGACCAACUCGCCAAGGUCUUACGCUAUCAGACUAAAAGCCAGCAAUCAAAGCUUGAUGCCACAUACCGCCCUGUAUUAGAUCCGCUGAUCGAGGGACUUGACAAAGUGGAAAAAGUCGAAUUACUGCAACUGUUUCGAGCGAUCGUGGGAUCAAUUGUCGUCUUGGCUCGGCCCCUUUCUGUCCCCUCACUAGCGAAAGUACUCAACCUUUCCAAAAGGACCAUUGAGCAGCAUUUAGGCGUUCUACAUUCUGUAUUGAGUGUGCCAAAUUCGUCAGAUGCUCCUGUGAGGUUAUUUCACCUAUCGUUCCGAGACUUUCUCCUGGACCCUACGAAGGAAGACGAGAACCCGUUUUGGGUGAGUGAAACCGAAACGCACAAUACAAUGGCCGCGAACUGCUUUCGAGUGAUGAAUGAAUCUCUGCGAAAGGACAUUUGCAACCUGAAGGACCCCGGUAUAUCACGUACUGCUAUCGACCCGGAAAGGGUGAACGAGUGCAUCUCAGAUGAAGUUCAAUAUGCCUGUGCCAACUGGGUGCUUCAUCUCCAGUUGUCGGCAUCUACCGUUUGUGACAACGAUACCGCUCAUACAUUUCUCACGACGCAUUUUCUCCACUGGAUCGAAGCCCUCAGCUUGAUGGGUCGAAUGAGAGAUGCAAUCACUAUGAUCAAGUCAUUGAAGAAACUCCUCGCCGGUGAGAAUCGUGAAGAGAUAUCAGCAUUUCUUGAAGACGCAUACCGAGUCUUGCUCACAUUCAUGGCAACGAUCAGCUCCCACCCCUUACAAUUGUAUUCGUCAGUUUUGCUUUUUGCUCCUCAAAACAGCAUAAUUAGAAACGUGUUUCAGAGUAGCAUUCCCAGUUGGAUUUGCUCUCUACCAACUAUGCGACCAGACUGGGAUGACUGCUUGCAGAUUCUUGAGGGUCAUGACAAGUCCGUCACCGCCGUGACAUUUUCACCAUCUGGGACUCGCUUAGUCUCCGCAGCGCGGGACGGGACUGUCAGAUUUUGGGACACAGACACAGGAGAUUGCUUGCAAGUGCUUCAGUCCUCUGCGGCGGCUAGUUCAGUAGUCUUCUCCAGUGAUGAAAAUCACCUACUUGCCGCCUGCAAGGACGGAACAGUCCGGAUGUGGGACACUGACACAGAAGAGUGUGUUUUAAAUAUCAAGUGCAACAGUAAAAGUUCCUCCAGUGCGCACUUCAGUGGCGAUUCGGGUAUUGUGGUUUCGUCUGACUACGACAAUAUAAUUCGUAUCUGGGACCGCACCACUGGUGAGGCAACACAGGAACUAAUUGGCCAUCGCCGAGGCGUUACUUCAGUAUGUGUUUCUUACGACUCAACUCUCGUGGCAUCUGCAUCCUGGGAUUGCACCAUUCGUAUAUGGCGUCUUGAAUCGGGAAGCAGUGAGAAAGAGCUGGUAGGGCACAGGUCUCCUGUCACUUGUUGCAAAUUUUCCUAUGAUGCUUCAUUGCUCGUUUCCUGCUCAGGUGACGGGGAUGUGAGGAUCUGGAGUGUUGAAACUGGAGAUUGUCUGAGAGCAAUACAAGAUCACGAUGUUGGAAGUGUGGCGUUCUCUCAUGAUGCGUCGCUGGUGGUGUCGACCGGUUUUAGCGAGCAUGUCGCAGUCGCAGUGCGUUUGACUGCCACAGGGCAGCUUGUUCAAAGGAUGCAUGGAAACACUGAAUGGAAUUUUGGAGUAGACUUUUCACCCGACUCUUCCAUGAUUGCAUCCGCAUCACCUGAUGCUACUGUGCGCAUUUGGCGGUGCGAUGCAUCGAAAGUUAAACCGGAGGAGUACCACGACAGAGUCGCCGACAUGUACGUCUCGUACGACGGGACACAAUUGGCGGCGGUCUCCUUUGCGAAUGAUGUUACAAUAUGGAGUGCUAAGGCAGGUCGUUUUGUAAAAACACUUCCAAACCACGACGGGAUCUGGAGUCGGGCCGUUUUUUCGCCAAGUUGUUCUGUUUUGGCAACAUCGUCAAAGAAUCAAGUUUGGAUUUGGGAUGCGGAGACAGCGGCUCGCAUAGCCCAACUAGACACGGCGUUUAAACAUGGCCCUGAGGUUUUAGAAUUUUCGCAAGAUUCCAGAUAUCUGAUCAUGGCCGCCAAGAGUAGCGAAAUACAAGUAUGGGAAGUAGAGACCAGAAAGUUUGUAUGGGAAGAUUUGUUUACAGGACAGAAAGCGUCAGUUCCAGUGACGGCUCCAGCCAUGUCAGCCGACUCCAAACUACUAGCCGCGGGGUUCGACAACAAGCUGAAGAUAUGGAAUCUACCUUCCAAAACACUCAUUCGAGAGUUUGUGGACGGCGAGAGACCCUGGGAUAGUCUCGCAUUUUCUCCAGACGGAUCUCUCAUUGCUUUAGGCUCGAGAAGCGGGAUGCAGGUACAAAAUGUUCUCACUGGCGAAUGCAUUUGCCGAUUCGAGGGUCGGGCGGUCAAGCUGGUUUUCUCGGCUGAUUCUUCUUUGUUGGCAUCUACCUACAGGGAAACAGUCAAAAUAUGGAAUGCACGGACUGGUAUGUGCCUCAAGCAUGUUGAUAUGGGACAGCCCUCUGCUCAAUUGUUGCUGUGUUCAGAUGGUGGGUACUUACGAACAGACGUCGGGAUGAUUCCGUUGGGCAACUUGGACGAAAUGGUUCCCCAACCGCCCCCCAUUGAGCAGAAUAUUCAAGUCGGGUGCGGUAUCAGCAAGGACGGCAGUUGGGUCACCUGGAAUGGGAAGAAAGCUGUCUGGCUCCCAAAAGGAUUUCGUGGAGAUAUAUCACCAGUGGUCCUUGGCACUGCGGCUGCUGUUUGCUCAGAAAAUCCUGCGCAUAUAGCAUUUGUUCAACUGGAUCAUAGCAAGUUGCCUUUUUGA